GCGCGGACGUGGCGCGCCGCGCGUCCACCAGUCCACCGCUCCGCCACUCGUACGCCGUAUAAAGAUCUCCCCUCCCGCGCCGCCCAUCUCCACCACACACCACAAAAAACCAACCCAACCGCCGCCGCAUCGCCCUCGUUAGAACGAUGGCCGCGUCGGCGCUGCACCAGACCACCAGCUUCCUCGGCACCGCCCCUCGCCGGGAUGAGCUCGUCCGCCGCGUCGGCGACUCCGGUGGCCGCAUCACCAUGCGCCGCACCGUCAAGAGCGCGCCCCAGAGCAUCUGGUAUGGACCUGACCGUCCCAAGUACCUGGGCCCGUUCUCGGAGCAGACGCCAUCGUACCUGACCGGAGAGUUCCCGGGAGACUACGGGUGGGACACGGCGGGGCUAUCGGCCGACCCGGAGACGUUCGCGAGGAACAGGGAGCUGGAGGUGAUCCACUCGCGGUGGGCGAUGCUGGGGGCGCUGGGCUGCGUCUUCCCGGAGAUCCUGUCCAAGAACGGGGUGAAGUUCGGGGAGGCGGUGUGGUUCAAGGCCGGCGCGCAGAUCUUCUCCGAGGGGGGGCUCGACUACCUGGGGAACCCCAACCUGGUGCACGCGCAGAGCAUCCUCGCCAUCUGGGCGGUCCAGGUGGUGCUCAUGGGAUUCGUCGAGGGCUACCGCGUCGGCGGCGGCCCGCUCGGCGAGGGCCUCGACAAGGUGUACCCAGGCGGCGCCUUCGACCCGCUCGGCCUCGCCGACGACCCUGACACCUUCGCCGAGCUCAAGGUGAAGGAGCUCAAGAACGGCCGCCUCGCCAUGUUCUCCAUGUUCGGCUUCUUCGUCCAGGCCAUCGUCACCGGCAAGGGCCCCAUCGAGAACCUCUUCGACCACGUCGCCGACCCCGUCGCCAACAACGCCUGGGCAUACGCCACCAACUUCGUCCCCGGCAAGUGAGCACAACGACACGAUCGAGAUGGUGCCAACCAACGUACCAUGUGUACACUUGUAGUAGCCACGCACCGACCCUGCAGUUGCAGUUGCAGCAGUGCAUGUAUGUAUGUACCUUAAUUGUGUGUGUGUGUGUGAUCGAUCGAGGAGAUUUCUAGCUUAAUUAAUUUCUGUCUGUCAUCAUCUUUGCUUCUUUGGAUCGAGAUUUAAUGUAAGCCGCAGGCCGCAUCCAAGGGAUGAUCGAAUUAAUGAUGUAUCGUUAUUAUAGGAUCUA